AUGGCGAAUCCUCCCCGCGGCUCCACCUCUACUCUAUUCAAGUUUUCCUCGACGUCGCUCACCAGUUGCGAUAUCCUCGACGCUCGCUCCGCCGAAGUCAAGUACCGCCUUCGCCCAGGUCGCACGCCCGACACGGUUCGCAUCGACCACGGCGGCUUCAUCGGCCUCAAGAGCACCUGUGUCAAUCGCCUCUCUUCUAUCCUGUAUGACGAGCGGGAUAGGGAGCUCGGGCGCGUAUCGUGGGACGCAGAAGGGCGCGGCGUCCGCCUGUGGUUGACUGGAGGGGAAUACGGGAGGGCGGGCAUGGUUUUGCCGCGUCUGUGCGGCGAGGAUGGCACGGCCGAGGCUGAGCCUCGCAUCAGCGCCGGGUGGGAGCUGCAGACCUCACUCCGCGCGACCUGGCGCGCUCACAUCGAGGGUGCCGCUAUGUUCUCCAGCGAGAACGCCGAGCGCAUGCUCGCUCUGCUAUCGCCUGAGAUGGUCCGCGGCUCGGACGGAGUCAUGACGCGCGCAGAUGUUGCUCGCGGUAUAAUGGGGCACAGUUACCUGCGUAUGUGGGUUGCACCUGUAGACGUUGUCGAGACGCUUUUAACUGUAGUCGUCGCCGAGGCUUCCCGCCGCUUUGUAUUCGACCUUGGUUCGCUCGAACCGACGCCGGCGCGGGCUUCGAAAGCCCGUCGCCCAAGCAUAGUCGGGCGCUUCAGUGGACUCAUGCGUCGCUCGACCUCGGACUCGAGUGACUCAGGUCUGUCCUCUUCUGGGACUUCUUCCCGCUCGUGA